AGCUUUCUCCAUCUCUCCUCCUCUCACCUUUGAACAAGUCAAAAUCGAUUUUAAUCCGUUUGAUACUUCUUUCCUCUUUCUUUGACUCUCCUUUGAUUUUUCUAGUCGAAAAGCUUUCCCUAUCCAUCGAUUUAGGGUUUUCGAGCUUUUCUCGCUCCUUCUCUCUCUCACUUUUUUCCUCCUUUCUCCUUCCGCCAUGACUCCUUCUUCCGUUAGAUUCCGAUACGAUCAUGAUCUAUGUGCUUAAUCAGGUCACGAUACAUCUACUCUUCUCCUUGAUGAUCGCUUAGAGCUUGUUUUGUCAUGGUGAGUAGUACUCAACAACGCACCGACGAUGGUUCCUCUCCACCGGUUGUAAAAGCUCUUAAGAGCUAUGGAAUCACGAAGCCACUUUCUAUUGCUGGACCUUGUGCUGCUGAUGUUAAGCGUAAUCUGGAACUGGAGAAGUUUCUGGUUGAUGAAGGGCUCUAUGAGAGCAAGGAAGAACCUAUGCGGAGAGAGGAAGUUCUUGUGCGGAUUGAUCAGAUUGUAAAACACUGGGUGAAACAGUUAACUCGUCAAAGAGGCUAUACAGAUCAGAUGGUGGAGGAUGCAAAUGCUGUUAUCUUCACUUUUGGAUCUUACCGACUUGGAGUACAUGGACCUGGGGCUGAUAUUGAUACUUUGUGUGUUGGCCCAUCUUAUGUUAACCGAGAGGAGGAUUUCUUCAUUAUCUUGCGUGAUAUAUUGGCUGAAAUGGAAGAAGUGACUGAGCUUCAACCUGUUACGGAUGCCCAUGUUCCGGUUAUGAAAUUUAAGUUCAAAGGAAUAUCAAUUGAUCUGCUAUAUGCCAGCAUUUCGCUUCUAGUUGUCCCACAGGAUCUGGAUAUCUCCAACUCUACUGUUCUGUGUGACGUGGAUGAACAGACUGUCCGCAGUCUUAAUGGUUGUAGGGUUGCUGAUCAGAUUCUUAAACUCGUUCCAAAUUCCGAGCACUUCCGGACAGCAUUAAGAUGCUUAAAGUACUGGGCUAAGAAACGUGGGGUCUAUUCAAAUGUUACUGGAUUUCUUGGUGGUGUAAACUUAGCACUUCUGGUUGCACGCCUGUGCCAGCUUUAUCCAAAUGCUAUUCCUAGUAUGUUGGUUUCUCGAUUUUUUAGAGUAUAUACACAAUGGCGCUGGCCAAAUCCAGUAAUGCUUUGUACAAUAGAAGAAGAUGAGCUUGGCUUUCCUGUCUGGGACCCACGAAAAAAUCAUCGUGACCGCUAUCAUCUUAUGCCAAUAAUAACUCCUGCGUACCCUUGCAUGAAUUCUAGUUACAAUGUUUCUCAAAGCACUCUUCGUGUUAUGAUAGACCAAUUCCAGUUUGGUAACACGAUCUGUCAGGAGAUCGAGUUAAAUAAACAACACUGGAGGUCCUUAUUUGAGCAAUAUAUGUUCUUUGAGGCAUAUAAAAACUACCUUCAAGUUGAUGUACUAGCGGUAGAUGCUGAAGAUUUACUGGCAUGGAAAGGUUGGGUGGAGUCACGAUUCAGGCAGCUGACCUUAAAGAUUGAACGAGACACAAAUGGGAUGUUAAUGUGCCACCCUCAACCAAAUGAGUAUGUGGACACUUCCAAGCAGUUUCUACAUUGUGCCUUUUUCAUGGGCUUGCAGAGGGCAGAAGGAUUUGGUGGCAAAGAAUGUCAGCAGUUUGAUAUACGUGGAACAGUGGACGAGUUCAGGCAAGAGGUCAACAUGUAUAUGUUUUGGAGACCUGGGAUGGAUGUGUAUGUUUCUCAUGUUCGAAGACGACAGCUUCCAUCUUUUGUUUUUCCAAAUGGAUAUAAAAGGCCUCGUCAGCCAAGGCACCAGAAUCAACAAUGCGGAGAACCUGCAAAGAAGAGCAAGAAUGAUAAUGAACCUAUGGAUACCAGGCCAGAGAAACUUGAGAAGCAAGCAUCUCGUAAUCCACAUAGUCUGGAUGUUGUUACUCCUGACAGCAGUCCUAUCACUUUGGGUGGGACUCCUCAGAUUGGCAUUGUGCCAGGUCCUAGAGCUGAAUGCUUAGUAACUGGAGAUCUUGUUUGCAAUGUUAGAAGUAUUCCUAUCAUGGAAGUCGGGGCUGUAAAUUUUAUCAGUAAAACCACAGAACUCAUUAAUGUUUCUCCGUGUGAGCAUAACUCUGGUUGCGUGCAAUUUCUGGAAGUAGAUGAUAGGACUCCAGUUCAAGGUUAUCAUGACCUGGUUGAGCCUGUAGGAAAACAUGUGAGACCUGACCCUGGUGCUGUGCUGGCGUGUGAAGGUGAGCAGAAUAAAGAAAUAGGUUGUGAUAUGGGAUCUGGAUCUAUCAAUGAUACUGACACGCAACAUCUUCCAAGGCGACAAAAUUUAAAAGAGGAUGUGAAUGAAGUUGAGAUGGAAACCAAGUUGGCAGAAAUUGCUGAUGGUGUUUUGCGGAAUGGGCAUUGUGGGCGGAAUUUUGAUCAUGAGGGUUUUUUUACUCCUGAAAAUUUGGAUCCAGCUGUGGAACAAAGAAACUUGCAUUCAGACGGAUUGUUCAUAAGUAGCUUGCCAGAAGAACUUCAGUCAAAUCCUUUGUUCAGCGGGAUGGGGAAGCUGGAAGCCGGAGCUAGGUCAGAAUCUUUGCAGAAUGCAACGAUGAGGCAUGUGUUUUUGCAACCCAUUAGUACUUUAUGCAUAUCAUGAUCUCUUUAUACUCUUGUUUUGGUUUUCUUGGUACUUCUUAUAGCAGCAGGAGGUUAAGCGUGAAGUCCAUCGUGUGAGCGAGGUCUUAGCAAAUUGACAACGGGAAGUAAAAAAAAAGAAGUAAAAAACACAAAAAAUAAAUAACAAGAAUCAGAGCAACCUAGUGUUUGCUUUGGACUACAGUGACACUAUUGGUAAGUGCACCUAAUUAUGAAAACUAAAACGCUUAAAAAAAGUUCUAAAAACACUGAAAAAGAAAAAAAAGAUAACAACUUUUAAUUGGUAUUGUUUGUUGGCUACUUCUUGGUGGGAUUGUGAGUAUCACAAAACUCUGGGAAGAUUGAGCUUUAAAUAACGAGUUUGGGGGAUGCGAAAGACAUGCAUUGUUCGAUACGAUUCUCCGGGUAUGUGGAGCUGUGAUUUUAUCUGAAAGAUACAAGAUUUCAAAGAAGAAGCGCCAGUGAGAUCACCAUAGAACAAGGCAACUGAAUUAUAUGUAUCUGUCUGCCUAUUCAGGUCUUUGUUUCUGUAUUGACCUUUGGGAUCUUUCAAAUGUGAUAUGAUUCUAUGCAUAACAUUUUCUCUUACUUUCUAA